AUGACAUGUGCGACCAGCAGUAGCACUCACCAAGACGCUAUUCAGCUUGAUAAAUUCCGCAUUAUCGCACAACUACCACAUCCAAGCUGUUACAUGGAACCAAUACGAUGUGACCCGGAUCAAGAUGUUUGCGUAACGAUAACGAUGAAUAUUAGAGAUGAUGGCCUCUACUGGAUUGGUGCCGGAUGUGAUCGACAAGAAUAUUUUCAACACACUGCAUGUGAAAAUGUUCGAACUUUGACACGUAACGUACAACUAAAUACAGUACAAGAACGACGAGUGCUGCAACGCCUGCACAGGCUUCGGCGACCACAGUGCCCGAAACUUCCUGAGUUUCGGUUGGUGAUGAUUUUCAAUCUGAUUAGUCCAGGUGUCUGGCUACUGGGCAUCAGCGUUUCGGUGGACAUCAUCCGGGUCCAAUGA